AUGGAGGUGCUGGUCCUGGCAGGAUACCGCGCGCAGAAGGAGGGCGAACUGAAUCUGGCGCUCGGGGACGUGGUCCGACAGGUGUGCAAGGGACCUGCAAGGGGCUGGUUGCGUGGUGAGCUGGGGGGCCAUUGUGGCCUCUUCCCCGAGCGCCUAGUGCAGGUGAUCCCGGAGGCAUUGCGCGGCGCGGGAGAGGCGCCGAGACCGCGCUAUCCGCGCAGCCACGGUCGCCCUGCCAAAUCUAGGAGCCCCCAGAGAUGGUGCAAAGUGAGCUUCAACUACAGCCCGGAGCAGGCAGAUGAGCUGAAGUUGCAAGCUGGGGAGAUAGUGGAAGUGGUAAAGGAGAUUGAGGACGGCUGGUGGCUGGGAAAGAAGAACGGGCAGCUGGGAGCCUUCCCAUCCAACUUUGUGGAGUUGCUGGACAGCGGGCCCCCAAGCCUUGAGAACCCAGACAUGCCUUCAAUCAGCCCUGAUCCCCAGCGGCCUCACAAGCUGAGCAGCCUCACCUAUGACAGUCCUCCAGACUACCUGCGGACAGUCUCCCACCCUGAGACCUACAGGGUCCUGUUCGACUACCAUCCGGAGGCCCCAGAUGAGUUGGCACUGCGGAAGGGAGACGAGGUGAAAGUACUCAGGAAGACCACAGAGGAUAAGGGCUGGUGGGAAGGAGAGUCUCAAGGCAGAAGAGGAGUUUUCCCAGACAACUUUGUGCUCCCACCACCCCCCAUCAAGAAGCUGGCCCCACGAAAAGUGGCAUCACGAGAAUCAGCUCCCAUUAAGGAACCAAAGAAGAUGAUGCCCAAGACAGCCCUCCCUACGGUCAAGAAGCUGAUGACAGCCCACACUGGGCCCAGCAAAGCCAAGCCAGUCCGGACGCCCAGCGGAGAUGGACAGAAGCGCCCCUCCCGAGACUCUGGUAGUGGGGGUCCGGGCCACCCCGGCAGAAAGCGAUCCAGGACCCAGGCUUCCCGGCAACAGUCUGCAACUAGUCGGGACCCCAGGCCCAGGGGAGCCCUCAGCUGAGACCUUCCCCCACCGCCACAGGAGGAAGAACGGAGAAGCCGGGCAAAGGCCCCUCCUGUGAAUAAAACCCCUCCUCUGGGCAAGACCCCCACCCCACAGAAGACCCUGUCUCCAGAGGAGCCCCCUAACCCAGAUGAAACCCUGACUCCAGAUAAGACCCCCACCCCAGAGGAGGCCCUGAUUCUAGAGGACAAGGCCCCGAGCCCAGACGGGGUCUUUUCUGUGGAUGAAGCCCCUGCUCCCGGUGUCCUACCUGAAGACCAAGCCCCUGGCCCAAAGAUGGCCCCCUAUGGGGAUGAGGCCUCCACCCUGGAAGAGGCCUUGACCCCAGAGCGGAUGCCCUCUGGAAAGGCCUCCCCUGGGGACGAAGCUCAGCUCCAUCCCUUCUCUCUGGAGGCAGCCCUGCCCAAGGGCACGCCUCUCGUGGCCAGUGAUGCUGAGUCCCAAGGGGAGGUCCACAUGGCAGAGGAGGACCUCCUAUGUGUGACAGAACACCCCCUGGAUAAGAGGGACAGCUCUGCACUCCAGCCCGAGACAAAACCGGGGUCCCUGUCUGCCCUUGAGGGGGCCCACCGCCCGGAGGAGGCUGCCAUCCCCCUGGGGGAGGCACCCGCCAAGGAUGAGACCACAUCCAAAGAGGAGGCAGCCCCUGCUCAAAAGGAUCCACAUCCUAUCAAGCCAACUCCAGACCCUCAAGAGACUCCUACACUCCCUUCACUGGUCCCGCAAAAUCCCAGGGACAGCAAAAGUGACAGAGAAGACAUAAUGAGGCUACAGGGCGAGGUGGAGUCUUUGAGGAGGGCUCUGGAGCUGCUGGGGGCGCAGCUGGAACGAAAGCUGACGGACAUCUGGGAGGAGCUGAAGAGUGAGAGAGAGAAGCGCAGGUUGCUGGAGGUUCAGCUGAAGCAGAGGACCCAGGAGUCCGGGACCCCGGGCUCCAGCCAUGCGCAGACGCAGAUGCACUGA